AUGUCCUUGCUCAGGCCCGUGUACGCAUUCUCCCUAAACUUGUACUGCUCGUGUGCUAACAUUCCACUGCAGAAAAUUGCACGCACAAAGUUGAACCUCGAUCAUUUACUCCAUUCUCAUGCAACUCGUCCUCCUGCCGGAUACCGCAGACCCCCAAUAUCCGCUAUACCUAUAAUGCAGAGACCUCUGCCUACAAGAGACCCGCAGCAACCCGCUUUCCGUCGACUUAGCAAACUCCUUCACUUCUCUCGCGCGAACACGGUCCCUGUUCGCCACAUCCAACCUCGUGAUCCCUUUGAUCUCCCUGCUACAUCGCCCCUACCAUCCUCUCUCUCAGCUCAGCCCGCAACUCGAUUUGAACAGUUUGAAAUAGGUUCUCCACCUCCACCCUCGAUCGGAGUCGUCCAAUCCCUACAACAGCAACUUUCUUUCCUAGUGCCCAGACACAGCCAUGGCCCACCAGUCGUCGAAGUCGCCCCAGGCCGUGCAUUCACUGCAACGUAUAUUUUCUUAUUUCUCAGCCGACUUGCUGCUGCUAAACUACCGGAAUACAAGAAAGUAGACGGCACUCGGCAUCCGUCUAGCCAACAGGGUGCCGUGCUCCAGGAAAAAAACACUGCUGACGUCGAUUCGCUACCAGACGUACAUCGGUGCAAAGCGUUCAUCUGCUUUUGUUCUUGUUGGUCGCAUGGCAGACUGAGGAUGCCCCCUCGAUGGCGCUUGGAGCGCGAUGACAUACCUCCCCAGGAUGGUGCAGCAAAUAGUAGCACUGGUGGUGCUCACAGCAGUUAACUUCUGUCUCUUUAAGAUCCCACCCCGCAUGACCAUGUAUGAGUCGUGUUGUAAUCCUUACACGUGCGCUCGUUCAAUGCUGAUCUGGUCGAGAUUGAAAUGGCAUCAAUCUACACCAUCAUGGACUCAGACACACAAGGCCAUCGUCCAAAUUGACCUUCUCCCCUUUCUGCUUCCAAUCGCUUCACCUGUUUAGACCUCCAACUCCAUACAGUG